AUGGUACCUAGAGAUCCCGGCAAGCCGGUGCCAGAGACCGAACUCCCAAAGGGCAAGCCAAGAAGACACCGCUCAUCGGUUGCCGACAAAGAACAGCCAGCUUCGUCGAUCUCGCUCUCCUCCACAUUGCAGUCGAGGCAGUCACUUGACCUAAUGCCUGAUGCACCCGCUCGUACUCCUCACCCGGACCCUGAGCGCGGAGCUCAAGCCAGCCAUCCUACCGCUGAGAGCAGCGGAACCACCGUCGCCCUUGUAGCUGCUGAAAAGAUCAGCGUCUCAUCCUCGAAACCUAAUGACACACCCGUUGAGGCUGAUCCCGAAGUCGUUUCACAAUCGGAGAAACCGGCGGAACAGCAGUUCCAAAUGGUACCGACCUUAAAGCGCCGACUGAGCCAACCAGAAACGCUCGCUGCGAAACUCUUCCACAGGAAGCUGUCGACAUGUCCGUCAUCAGCUGGCUCCGAUGCCGCCCUCGCAGCGCAAGUCAGGGACAACACCAAGUUUUACAGCGCCACCGCCUUACUCCUGUUGGUCGCGGCGAUCGUCGUGGGAGGACUGUUCGCGGUGAUCUUCCUCUUUACCAAGUGGGAGAGCCAGGUGCUGCUCCAGGUUCCGGGCCUCGGCAGGUUCCGCGGCUUCGUCGUCGUGAUCGAGAACCAGCCGCUGUACGUGUUUCGUGGGGUUCGCUUCGGCCAGGACACGGCAGGGGACAAGCGGUUCGGCAGGCCCACGGCUUGGACCACCAACAGACACGCGGUCACAGACGCGAGGCUGUCCAAACCGGGCUGCAUGCAGAAACCGCCGAGGGAGAAAGACAAAGACGUCGAGCUCAACAACAACAUGACCGAGGACUGUCUGCACCUUAACGUGUGGACGCCAUGCACGGAGGCCUCGGAGCCCGGUUGUCGCAGGACGGUCGUGGUUUUCCUCUCAUCGGAGGGUUUCCAGCAGGGCAACAACAACCACUACGACGGCCGCUGGUUCGCCGCUCUCGGCCAGGUGGUUGUGGUGGUGCCAAAUUUCCGGCUGGGCGCCUUCGGCUUCCUCGACCUUGGCGUUCCCGGCGCCCCGGGAAACGUGGCGCUGGACGACCAGCGUCUGGCGUUGGAGUGGGUGGUGUCGCACAUUGGCAGCUUCGGUGGCAACGCCAGUGACGUCGUGCUCAUGGGCAGUGCCGCCGGCGCGUGGUCGGUGGGCGCCCACAUCACUGGCGACGAUCCGUUUUGGCGUCACGAACGGUUCGCAAAGGUCAUCCUCCACAGCGAGUCGCCGCUCAGGCGAUACUACGCCAACACCGCCCGCCGGGUGACGCAACUGUUGCGAUGCCCGGUGGAAGACCGUCUGUCGCAGCUGUCCUGUCUUCGCAACGCCUCGGCGCACGACGUAGUGCGCGUGACGAGCGUGUGGGACCGCCGUCAGGGCCCGUCGACGACGCGGGCGCCGGAGUCAGCGGCACGCGUCGUCGGCCGUCGCUUCCUCGUGGGCGUGGUCUCGGACGAAGGAUCCCACCUAGCUGACUUGUUGCGCAGGCUGCCGUCGCGGGCACAUGACUUGCACUGGAUGGCGAGCGAGUUUCUGUCCACCGUGUUCCGCAUAAAGCUGAGCGCCGAGCUCGCAGACGCCUACCGCAGCUCUGUCACGACCGAAGGAGGCGAUGCUUCUGGAGAAGGUUCGGCGGUCAGCCAGCUUCUGGGCGACGUGCUCUACGUGUGCCCGCUCAUACGACUGGCGUUAGAACUUGCAGCCGAGCACAGGAACUUGGUGUGGGGAUUUCUGUUCGACCACCGCGCCAGCUUCGCAUCACCGUACGAUGGGGCGGGUGCACCGCGGUUCUCGGAGCUCGACUUCCUGUUCGGCCGCGUCCUCGACGGCUCCGUCGGACCUGCCAGUUCAGACGAGCAGCGGCUGGCCAGGGAGCUCAUCGAAGUGUGGACCGGCUUUGCCAAGAGAGGUUCGUUGCCCAGGGUCAACCAGCAGACCUGGCCUUCCUACGCCGACGGCAGGGCGGUCCACGUGCGCAUCACCCAGCAGGGGCUGGAGGAAAUGUGGGACUUCAAGAAGAACAACUGUUCCAUUGUGGCCAGCUACGUUCCGUACGCUGCCCACGAUACUGCAGCGAGUCAAUACUUCCGUCUUGUGUCGUCCACAUCGGUUGGCGCUGUUCAAGGGGGGUCCCUCAAGGCAGAUGAGGAUACGGGUGAGAAUGGAGAGGGCGUCGAAACAACCGGCACACAAUGUGAUGUCGAUACUAGGCUGCAGAAAAUGGAGGCUUUCCAGGAAGAGCUUCUCAAACAGGUGCAAGAGCUCAAAAAUGAGCUAAACAGUGAGCGUGAGGCACGGAAGGUAGUUGAAAAAAGGCUUGAAGCAGCCGAGGAAAAGCUGAACAGGGCCGCCAUUGUGAACGACAAUGUGCGUGACAAUGCGUUUUCUCAGCUACGCAGUUUUCAGUGUCCUUCGCAACCUGUCCUGGCCAAGGUGAGCGACAGCAAGCGCUGGAGUCCCAGGUCGGUCGUGCUCAAGCUGCAUGCAGAAGAAGAAGAAGAAGAGCCUCAUCUGUGA